AGUUCUCUCGCACGUGAUGGCUACCUCCUCGACUGUCCUCCUUCCGGGCGACAGCAUCUCUCCAAGUGCCCUUCCUAAACCUCAAAACCGGAAGAAGCAUCUCACUCUUGGUCCUGGACUGCGACACAUGCCACCAAAUACCAUUGCGAGCACUAUUGCUGGUUUGCUAGUCACGGACUCGAAGAAGAAUGCUGCAUGGGUGGAAUACAAUAGCGGUAGGUAUCUACCUGCUGCCGGCGAUCUUGUCAUCGCUACAGUAAACACCUCGGGUGGUGAGAACUUUAACUGUCUCAUCACCCCUAACACCCCGUACGCUUCCCUCCCUCACCUCGCCUUUGAGGGCGCGACCCGCAAGACGCGUCCUCAGCUCUCCUCCAAUUCCCUGGUCUAUUGCCGUGUGAUAAACCCCGGUAAAGACUCAUUCCCUGAACUUACCUGUGUUGAUCCAUCAACGGGCAAGAGCGAAGGACUAGGGCCGCUAAAAGGCGGAAUGGUGUUCAAGAUCAGUCUGGGCAUGGCGAGGAGGCUGCUCGCUGGAAAGAAAGGAGGCGUGACUCUAUUGGAAGGACUGAGUGAAAAGUUAGGCUUUGAGGUUGCUAUUGGAAGGAACGGUGUUCUUUGGGUCGACGGAGGAAGCGUCAAGGCAACACUUGCCGUUGGGAGAGCCGUACAGGAAGUUGAUGAACAGGCGCUCGGCGAGAAAGGUCAAAAGAAGUUGGUGGAGAAGGUGUUGAGGGGCCUUUGAGAUUGUAGUCAGGAAGAUCGACGAGGUGCAUCUCAGCUUACUCACGAAAGCAUGACAGCAUAGAUGAUUACUGUCACAGCAUGGCACCAGGAUGGCGGCUGAGGUUGAGGUGUCUUGAAAUCAUCCCUCUGCUGCUCAUUCCUAGAGAGGAAUAACCACCUGCCUACUUCGUGGAUGCGACUCCGAAGUAGCGCCGCCCGUGACAAUAUCACGCCUAAGUGGCUGGAAACUCUCGAGAUUUGCAAGAUAUCUUUUAAGGGACGGGUCGAGAGACGCCAUAUAGCAGUACUUAUUGAGAGUUCAUCCGCAGCGAGUGAGGAGUCAUGUUCUUUGCAGGGCAAUUGAGCGCCAUUCAC